UUUCUAUGAUCGAUGAGAUUUUAAUAGACUUUACCAUUAAAAGUCAAGUUAACAACAAUUCAUAGCCCAACUUAUAAAAAAGAUUUACAUGUCAUCAAUCAUUUAACAAUUUAUUAUAAUCAUUGAAAUCAUGUUUUAAAACAUAUUUUUGAUGAGUUUUCAUACCAAGCAUAGAGUUGAGCACAACAUCAACAACAACAACAACAAUGAGAGAUACAUCACUAAUUGAACAUCAAUUACAAGACAGGGAAAACGCCGAAGAGACCAGACGUAGGGGUAAAUGCAAAUGGUUUAAUGUAGCAAAAGGAUGGGGUUUUAUCACCCCUACCGAUGGAGGACCCGAUGUUUUUGUUCAUCAGUCUGUCAUACAAAUGGCUGGAUUUCGAAGUCUGGGCGAUGAAGAGGAAGUGGAGUUUGAAUGCAAAGUGUCUGACAAAGGAUUGGAGGCAACAAUGGUUUCGGGAGUCGAAGGAUCAGAAUGUAAGGGAUCUAAUAGGCGACCCAUGUCUAAGAAGAAGUUCAAAAAAAUAAGGUGUUACAAUUGUGGUGAGUUUGCCAACCAUAUCGCAUCCAAGUGCAAUAUGGGUCCACAACCCAAGCGAUGUCAUCACUGUAAAGAUUCGGAACACCUAAUUGCUGACUGUCCUAAACUCGAGGAAAAGCGACUGAUAAAGAAAACUAACGGCAAGUCUAGUAGUGCCAGUAGUGGCAACAGUACUAAUGGUAAGCAAAGCAAUGGUCAGACCAGCGGUGAGCACUCAGAGGAGGAAAGUAUACUGAAUGCGGCGGAGACGGCGUCGUCGAGUUCAGAGAAACAUCUGUCUGAUAGCGGUAUCGGCACCCGAAGCUCAGGAAAGACUCCCACCACUGAUGAUACUAAGUCUGAGUCUCCCGUUUCGGAUGGCAGUCGAGGCCGCGAUGUUUAGACAUUUAUUACUUGAUUUUAAUCAAAAUACAUAUAACAA